AUGGAUGAGAACAAAACGCCGCUGGUCAUUGUGGCCUGUGGUAGUUUCUCGCCUCCCACCUACCUUCACUUGCGUAUGUUUGAAAUGGCAAAGGACCAAGUCAUUGAAGCAGGCAAGUACGAGCUGCUUGCCGGAUACUAUUCGCCUGUGUCAGACCAGUACAAGAAGGAAGGCUUGGCGAAGGCGACGCAUCGCGUGCGCAUGUGCGAGCUGGCUGUGCAGCGCUCUUCCAACUGGCUGAUGGUGGAUGCGUGGGAAUCACUGCAGGGGACCUAUCAGCGUACAGCUGUUGUGUUGGACCAUUUUGACCAAGAGAUCAAUGGGCAAGGGGGUUUGCGCCUUCGGGACGGCUCGUACAAACGCAUUAAAAUUAUGCUGCUAGCCGGUGGUGAUCUGAUCCAGAGCAUGGGCGAGCCAGGUGUGUGGGCCAACGACGAUUUGCACCACAUUCUCGGUCGGUACGGGUGCUUCAUUGUUGAGCGUACGGGUGCUGAUGUAUGGUCCUUCCUGUUGUCACACGAUCUACUUUGGCACCACCGCAAAAACUUGGUCGUGGUGAAGCAGACUAUCUACAAUGAUAUUAGCAGCUCGAAGGUGCGACUUGUAAUCCAAUACAUUGAGCAGAACCAGCUGUACCGCUGA